ACCAGUCUGAGGGAUUUCAACAGAGGCUGACGUGUCCGUCAUAACCGGGAAAAAUCAACAAGUCUACUUCAAGAUGGAAAGGGCCAACAUAUUUUUCUUCGCCGUUAUGCUGUUAGGAUGUCAUUCCAAAGUAAUAUUUGGUUCGAGUCCGAAUGCAGAUUCAUUGGAAAAACUUGAUGAGGCGACCAAAAAUCUGAAAGACUUAUUCCGACGGGAUGAAUACGAUGAUUCCGAUAUGUGUUUGACAGCGGUCUCUUGUAUUGUUUCUUCUGAUAUGAGGUUGUAUUCUGGCACCGUUUAUGAGGGUAUACAAUUCAGCAUGGGGAAAUUCAGUCAGUUGUGCAGGAGUGCCGAGGAGUACUUGACAUGUUACGAUCAAGCUGCCCAAGAUUACAUGUGUGGGUACCAAUCAACCGCCUAUGCAAAUAUGUCAAGAUUAAUGCAUGAGCACUUCUGUGAAGAUCCUUCGGCGCUGCAGUCAGUGGUGCAGUGUUUUAACAUGCGAUAUAUACAGACGAUGGGGUUUGGGGAAUUCAAGGAAUAUCUAGGCUGGGAGCAUGCUUUUGGGUUCAUAGGUAAUAGGACCUCACCGGAAGAAAAAUCAGAGAAAAAGUGCAGGCUACAAGGGGAAUAUUUCUAUGUGGUCAUGGACCGCAUUGGCAACAAAUGCGGCUCAGACGUGUUCACGUUUUUCUGCGAUAUGUUCACGGAACCCUCGCUAGUUCAGUUGUUUGAAAACAGCCUUCGAUUUGAAAUCUGUCCAACCGAAACAUACAGUGUCUGCCGUUACAGCUACAGUUAUAACUGGUCGCCAUCGAAGUAGUAAAUCAAAAGCAUCUAAGUCGCCAUUCUGACCUGUACAAUCCCGCCGUGGACUGUCCAACUGUCAUCAACAAUGUAGAACAGGGAUGCUAUGGUGUUUUGUAACGUAACCUUAAUAAACACUUACAUUGCAUCAUA